AUGGAGGUGUUGGAUGUCCUAAAUCUGGGCGAAAUUGCCCAGUAUUUUUCAAAAAUGGCAAUGUUUCCCGUUUUUGAUCUUGCAUAUUACAUUGUGUCCAUACUCUACCUCAAGUAUGAGCCAGGGUCUGUGGAGGUGUCCCGUAGAAGUCCAGUAGCUUCGUGGCUGUGUGCUAUGCUCUACUGCUUUGGGAGUUAUAUUCUGGCAGACAUUAUGCUGGGAGCCUGCCCCAUCGACUAUUUCCACAACAACAGCCACAUUCUUCUGGCCACGGCUGUGUGGUACCUCAUCUUCUACUGCCCCCUGAACCUCUUUUAUAAGUGCGUGGCAUUCUUGCCCGUCAAGCUGGUUCUGGUGGCGAUGAAAGAAGUGGUUCGAGCCCGUAAAAUCGCGGCGGGCGUCCACCACGCGCAUCACGCCUACCACCACGGCUGGUUCAUCAUGGUCAUCACCGGAUAUGUCAAAGGCUCGGGUGUGGCCCUGAUGGCAAACUUUGAGCAACUGCUGCGUGGAGUUUGGAAACCGGAGACCAACGAAAUUCUCAACAUGUCAUUCCCAACCAAAGCCAGUCUGUACGGAGCCAUUCUCUUCACCCUUCAGGAGGCUCAUUGGCUCCCUGUGUCAAAGAGCACCCUCAUCUGUCUGUUUACUCUCUUCAUGGCCACCACUAAGGUAACUCUGACAGCUCGUCACUCGCACGGUUCUCCCUUCGCCCUGAUCGAGUCCUGGGUGUGUCACCUCCUGUUCGGAUCUCCUCUGAGCGUCGCCGAGGACGCCCACGAUCACCACGCCCCUCCGCCCGCCGCCGCCCCGGCUGUGCCCCUUUUUCCCGCCAAAACCAAGGAAGAAUUGAGCGAAGGAACCCGCAAGAGGAAGUCCAAGAAAGCCGAGUAG